CCCCGACAAGCCAAGACUCCAUCCCCACGAUGAGUAUGGAGAAAGAGCCCAAGACGAGCGGCAAUGACCUGGAGGCUGCCGCCGUCACGGUGCAGCAGAAGGAGGCCCCGUCCGAUCCCUUCCUGGUGGACUGGGAUGGCCCGGACGACCCCAACUACCCGAUGAAGUGGCCCCUGCGGAAGAAGGUGCGCCAGCUGGCCGGCAUGGGCUUCAACAGUCUCCUCACCCCCCUGUCAUCCUCCAUGUUCGCCCCCGGUGAGGCCGACGUCCUGGCCGAGUUCCACACCUCCAACACCACGCUGGGCUCCUUCGUCGUCUCGAUCUUCCUGCUGGGAUACGUGGUGGGCCCGCUGAUCAUCGCGCCGCUGUCCGAGAUCUACGGCCGCUGUCAGCUGUACCACAUCUGCAACUUCCUGUUCCUGAUCUUCACCGUCGCCUGCGCGCUGGCCCACACCCUGCCGCAGCUCUUUGUGUUCCGAUUCCUGGCCGGCAUGGCUGGCAGCUGCCCCAUGGCCCUGGGGUCCGGGACUGUCGUCGACCUGAUCCCCAAGGAGAAGCGCGCCGGCGUCAUGGCCAUCUGGGCCAUGGGGCCCAUCCUCGGGCCCGUCAUCGGCCCCAUCGCGGGUGCGUUUGUCUGCGCCAACAUCGGCUGGCGCUGGGUGUUCUGGAUCAUCGCCAUGGCAACCGGCGUCAUGCUGGCCGUGACGAUGCUCUGCUACCGCGAGACAUACACCCCCGUCCUACUGGAACGCAAGGCCGCCCGGCUGCGCAAGGAGACAGGCAACCCGCAGUACCGAUCGAAGCUGGACCGCGGCCUGACCCAGCAGCAGAUCUUCCAGCUCGCGGGGGUGCGCCCGUUCAAGCUCCUCUUCCUCUCCCCCAUCGUGCUGCUGAUGACCCUGUUCGGAGCCACCUCCUACGGCGAGCUGUAUCUGAUGUUCACCACCAUCACCUCGAUCUUCGAGAGCGUCUAUGGCUGGCGGCAGGAGAUGUGCGGACUGGCCUACCUCGGUUUCGGGCUGGGAUGCAUCGUGGGGCUGCAGGUGACGGGCUGGGUGGCUAACGAUAUAGCCGCGAAACACACGGCGCGCGGCUGCUUCGUGCCGGAAUCUCGUCUGAUUCCCUGUCUGUACGGCUCGUGGCUGCUGCCGAUCGGGCUGUUCUGGUACGGCUGGUCCGCCGACAAGCAUCUGCAUUGGAUCAUGCCCAUCAUCGGCACCGGCAUCUUCGGCUGCGGGCUGAUGGUCAUCUUCCUAUGCAUCAACACCUACCUGGUCGACUCCUACCUCCGCUACGCCGCCUCCGUGACGGCCGCCAACGCCGUCACCCGCUCCCUGGUCGGGUGCUUUCUCCCGCUGGCAGGUCCCUCGAUGUACCGCUCGCUGGGGCUCGGCUGGGGCAAUUCGCUGCUGGCCUUCAUUGCGCUGGUGUUCUGCUUCUUCCCCGUGUUCUACAGUCGGUAUGGGGCGCGGAUCCGGACCAGUCCCCGGUUCCAGUUGAAUUUGUAGGGGUCGUUUCAUUGUACAUUAUUUCUAUCGCCACUCGCGCGUAUCCCUGG